UUUUCCCUCUGUCUGAAACUAUCGAACCCAACUCUCACUUUUCUGAAAACUCUCGAACCUUGUCAACCUCGUUCUCUCUCCAACCUGACCUGCCCCGAUUCCCCGACCUCGUUCUCCAACCUGGCCUGAGCUCGUUGUCCGAUCCGAGCUGCUCGAGCUCCUUCUCCGACCCGAGCCGCUCGAGCUCCUUCUCCGACUCGACCCAACCUCAAAACGACUCGUUUCGCUCUCCCGAUCCGCAGCAACGCUUCGAUCGUCGUCCGGCCGGCGCUGAGCUUCGCUGCGCAACCGUCAGAUCCGCUCGGAAUCGGCGGUGGUUUGAGAUCUGAGGAAAAAGCGCGGGAGGAGGUGAAACGAUGCCGUCUCACGGGGAUCUGGACCGUCAGAUCGAGCAUCUGAUGGAGUGCAAGACGUUGCCGGAGGCGGAGGUGAAGACGCUGUGCGAGCAAGCGAGGGCGAUCCUGGUGGAGGAGUGGAACGUGCAACCGGUCAAGUGCCCGGUUACGGUGUGUGGGGAUAUACACGGCCAGUUCUACGACCUCAUUGAGCUUUUUCGGAUAGGAGGCAACGCUCCUGAUACUAAUUACCUUUUCAUGGGUGAUUAUUUUGCUGAGAAAUUAGAUUGCUCAUAUUGGACGAACCCACCUCCGGCCUCGAUUCCACAACAGCUCAAUGCAUCGUUUCGGCAUUGUCUGAGUUAGCCAGUGGUGGAAGAACAGUAGUGAUGACAAUACACCAGCCUUCCAGUAGGCUGUUUUACAUGUUUCACAAGCUGUUGCUGUUAUCGGAAGGAAAUGCUUUGUAUUUUGGCAAGGUCUCUGCAGUCAUGGACUAUUUUUCGAACAUAGGGUUUGCCUCAUCUGUACCCAUGAAUCCUGCUGAUUUUCUCUUGGACCUUGCUAAUGGGUUGACAAGUGAUGGUGCGCAUGCAAAUGAGUCCAUGGAUGAUCACAUGCAGAGCAUCGUUGUGGCCUAUAAGGAGAGGCUUUCGGAGAAAUUGAAGGAGGAACUUGCAGGCAAACAAUUCAAUGAAGAUAAAUUAUCAAAUGGUCCAGAAGACAAUAGUAAGGAGGAGUUUGGGAGGUGGCCGACAACAUGGUGGCAGCAUUUCAGUGUGUUGUUGAGGAGAGGAGUGAGGGAGAGGAAGCAUGAGUCCUUCUCUCCUCUCAAGAUUUUUGAGGUGCUUGCAGUCUCUCUUCUUACUGCCCUACUAUGGUGGAAAUCACAUAUUUCCCACUUACAAGAUCAGUUUCAUAUGCAGAAUCAUUCCUGCCAAGAACCAACAAAAUUCACAACUGUUUAUGCGUUUGAACCCGAUUCAACAGCCGGGUUUCUCGUGUCGGGCUCGUUCGAGCGGCGUGUGGAAGCACUUGAUCGAAGCAGCAAUGGCACAUGUUACCCUCCACCUCUGUCACCAGUUUGGUGAAUAUGCAGGUAAUGAGAAGAGACUGUUUGGACCAAGUUACUACCAUUAUUCUGAAGUUCUCAAAGAUCCUUAUCCUCGAAUUUGUUGGGCAGCUUUUAAUUUUAUUCAACAGCCAACAAACCUGGUUCAGGCAAUGCAAAUUCUCUAUCAUGACUAUUCACUAUACACCACACUUGAUCAAAUGCGCGCGGAAUCCAAGAGUUAAGUCGAAGCCACUACUGACUUCACCCCCAAGUGAGGGUAGCUUGACUGACAUUUUAGUGAGGAAACCUUCGUCUUCUUCAGCUCCCAGUAUUGUGGAUCCGAAAGUGUUACUAGAACUCUUCUCGAUGUAUCGUGAGUGGCAGGAGGAGAAUGUCAAAAAGCUGAGCCAAAAACAGGAAGAGAUAGAGAACAAGAUAGAAAUUGCGGACGCGUUGUCUGUUAAACUUAAGCAACGUUUUAAUUAUUCAGUGACAGCAAUGAAGACAUCCUCGCAACAUUUAUGUGGAGUUCAUGCACUGCAGGUAGAGAUUGGGGAACUUAAAGGAAGGUUGACGGAGGUUAUUAGCAACUGUGAUGCAGUGUGCAAGAGAAUAUCCGCAGAAGGACCAGAGUCUCUUCAGUCAUCUGUCAAGCCAUUAGUUAUCUGCACCGCACACCAAGAACACCAAUCUUGAUUGAGUAUUGUGCUGUGAUGUGCAGGAUUGUCAGGUGUAAUGGGGGUUGCUUAUAUUCAAGAAGUUGGGAAAGCCAGCCUCUUUUUUGAGUUAGGCUAGCUUUUAAUUAACAUUUUUGCAGCAAUUAUGAACAAACAUGAAUACUAAUUGCUAGGCUAGCCUUGUAGUAGGUGAAUUGGGGUUUUAUUUUGCCCAUUUUGUAAACUAUUAAGGAUGAUGAUUUCAGAUAUAAUAGCCCAAUAUUCAAAUCA